AACAUUCAUAUGGCAAGACGACCAUCGAUUCUUAAACAACCUAUAUUUUAUACAUUUAACAAUUAUACACUUCGUACUUGUCCCUUUGUUCUCUCUCUAAAACAAUUUCUCUCUCCUCUCCAGUCCCUUCGCAAUUAAAACCCUAUUUUGCUCUCUCUGGCCAAUAAAACCGUACUUUAUCUUCUCUCAACGCUGAUCUAUAUCGCAGAUACAGGAAGGAGAAACUUACCGAUUGCAUGUACAGGACCUUUUGUUAAAGCCAGAAAGGGAAUUCCAGAGGUGCCGUGAUGAGUAAGCUGCAGAGUGAUACAUUGAGGGAGGUGAUUAGCAAGGUGGUAGGUGAUGCCAAAAGAAAGCCACGUAAGUUCACCGAGACCAUUGAACUUCAAAUUGGGUUGAAGAACUAUGAUCCCCAAAAGGACAAGCGCUUCAGUGGAUCAGUCAAGCUACCCCAUAUUCCUCGCCCUAAGAUGAAACUAUGCAUGCUCGGAGAUGCUCAACAUGUUGAAGAGGCUGAGAAGAUGGGAUUGGAUUAUAUGGAUGUUGAAGGGUUGAAGAAGAUGAACAAGAAUAAGAAGCUGGUGAAGAAACUCGCCAAGAAAUACCACGCCUUUCUUGCAUCAGAAGCAGUCAUCAAGCAGAUCCCAAGGCUUUUGGGUCCUGGUCUUAACAAGGCAGGGAAGUUUCCUACCCUGGUUUCUCACCAGGAAUCACUGGAGGCAAAGGUGAAUGAGACAAAGGCCAUUGUCAAAUUCCAACUUAAGAAGGUUCUCUGCAUGGGGGUUGCUGUUGGCAAUUGUGCUAUGGAGGAGAAGCAGGUCUUUCAGAAUGUCCAAAUGAGUGUUAACUUCUUGGUUUCACUGUUAAAGAAGAAUUGGCAGAAUGUGAGGUGCUUGUACCUGAAGAGUACCAUGGGUAGGGCUCACCCACUCUUCUAAAUUGGGUUUUGUUAGAUAAUCAGGAGAAAAGACAAUUUUGUAUUUCAGCGAGGUAGUGUACUAUUUCUGUCCCUAUCUAGCAGAAAGAGUGAAUCUCUCUUUUUAAUGUUUUCUGGUUACAUACUGCUGUCUAUUCAGAUCCUAGAAUAACGUGGCUCAGGGUUUAUCUAUUAUUUUAAAGAAUUUACACAUGGGAGGUCUCAGCAUAUUGGUUUACUCUUCAUUGGGGUUUCUAGCUUCAAUGACCAUCCAUAAUGAAUGGGUUAAGGUUGGUUGGUUAA